GUCCUGCCUAACAGACGCAGUUUCUCUCCCUGGAGCGGUCCAUGAGAAAAUCACAACUGGAAAGCAGUUGGAGGAAGUCAUUCUCAGUUGAGACUGUGAUGCUGUACUAGCAAUGUCGCGGCUCUAUUACAGGAAAACUGACAACUCAUACUACAGGGACCGCAUCCCCCUGCGGAUUGUGCGGGCAGAGUCCGAGCUCUCUGUCCAGGAGAGGGCUUACCUUGGGGCUGUUGAAAAAGGGGACUAUGCUAGCGUGAAACAAGCCUUGGAGGAGGCUGAGAUCUACUUCAGAAUCAACAUCAACUGCAUUGACCCCCUGGGACGCACUGCCCUGCUCAUUGCUAUUGACAAUGAGAACCUGGAGAUCAUUGAGCUGCUGCUCAGCUUUAAUGUGUAUGUGGGUGAUGCCCUACUACAUGCCGUCCGGAAAGGGGUGGUGGGAGCUGUGGAGCUGCUGCUAAACCACAAGAAGCCACGAGGAGAAAAAAUGGUCCCGCCCAUCCUGCUGGACAAUCAGUUUUCAGACUUCACUCCAGACAUAACUCCCAUCAUCCUUGCAGCUCACACUAACAACUAUGAAAUCAUCAAACUGCUGGUACAGCGAGGGGUUUCCAUACCUCAGCCACAUGCUGUGCGCUGCAACUGUGUGGAGUGUGGAUCCAGUUCAGAUGUUGAUGGCUUACGCCACUCCCGCUCUCGACUUAACAUCUACAAGGCCCUCUCCAGCCCAUCACUCAUUGCUGUCUCAAGUGAGGAUCCUUUCCUCACAGCUUUUCAGCUCAGCUGGGAGUUGAAGGAGCUCAGUACGGUGGAAAAUGAGUUCAAGUCAGAGUACGAGGAGCUGUCCCAUAUGUGUAAACAGUUUGCUAAGGACCUCUUGGACCAGACUCGAAGCUCCAAAGAGUUGGAAAUAAUCCUUAACUACCGUGAUGACAUCAACCCUCUGCUGGAUGAGAGCACAAAUGAUCUGGCUCGGCUGAAGUUGGCUAUUAAGUAUUGCCAGAAAGAGUUUGUUGCUCAGCCGAACUGUCAGCAGCUCUUGGCGUCCCGCUGGUAUGAUGAGUUUCCAGGCUGGAGGAGACGUCACUGGGCAGUGAAACUCAUCACAUGCAUCUUCAUAGGCCUCCUCUUCCCUCUAUUAUCUUUGGUUUAUCUGAUCUCUCCAAAGAGCCGUUAUGGCUUAUUCAUACGCAAGCCCUUCAUCAAGUUCAUCUGUCACACUGCCUCCUACCUGACCUUCCUCUUCCUGCUCUUCCUGGCCUCGCAGCAUAUAACCUUUGCAGACUCCAACUUUCAGGGCCCAGCUCCCACUCCAGUCGAAUGGAUGAUCCUACCCUGGGUGCUUGGAUUUAUAUGGACUGAAAUCAAACAGAUGUGGGAUAGUGGUUUAGAGGAUUACAUGGAUGACUGGUGGAACUUAAUGGACUUCAUAAUGAACUCCUUGUAUCUUGCAACCAUUUCCCUGAAGAUUGUUGCUUAUGUACAGCACAGUGGACCCAAAGACAGAAACAGUUGGGGCAUGUGGCACCCAACUUUGGUAGCAGAGGCUCUGUUUGCCAUAGCCAACAUUUUCAGCUCCUUGCGGCUUAUCUGUCUUUUCACUGCAAACUCCCAUCUAGGCCCUUUGCAGAUUUCACUGGGCCGCAUGCUCCUCGACAUCCUCAAGUUCCUCUUCAUCUAUUGUCUUGUGCUGUUAGCCUUUGCCAACGGCCUCAACCAGCUCUACUUUUAUUACGACACAGAAGAGGACAGUGAAUGCAAGGGAAUCCGCUGUAGUCCACAGAACAAUGCCUUCUCCACGCUGUUUGAGACUCUGCAGUCAUUAUUUUGGUCUAUAUUUGGCCUGAUUUCUCUCUAUGUGACCAAUGUGAAACCAGACCAUCAAUUCACCGAGUUUGUGGGCAGUACCAUGUUUGGGACGUACAAUGUCAUCUCCCUGGUAGUACUUCUGAACAUGCUUAUUGCAAUGAUGAACAACUCCUACCAGCACAUUGCUGAUCACGCCGACAUCGAGUGGAAAUUUGCAAGAACAAAAUUGUGGAUGAGCUAUUUUGAAGAAGGAGGAACUUUGCCAUCUCCAUUCAACAUAAUACCCAGUCCAAAGUCAAUCUUUUAUCUCGUUGGAUGGGUGAAGAGACAUUUUUUUAAAAGACGAAGCAUAAAAAGGCUAGAGACCUUUGAAACAUUGGGGAGACGUGCUGCUGUAAAUGUUCGAUUAAACCAUGAGUAUCAGGAGGUUUUGAGGAAUCUUGUCAAGCGGUAUGUUGCUGCCAUGAUCCGAGAUGCAAAGACACAUGAAGGAUUGACUGAAGACAAUUUCAAGGAGCUGAAGCAGGACAUUUCCAGCUUUAGAUAUGAGGUCCUUGGAAUGAUGAAGGGUAAACCACAAGGUGGUGUUGGAGGUCAAGUUGCAAGCUCCACUUUGGCUUACCCUGGAAACUCCUUCAAAUAUUCUCCCAAAGUUCCAACUGAUGAACCUCAAAAGAAACUGAGCUUCUUUGAUGUGACCACAAUCGUCCAGGAGAGCGUAGCUGUUAACGACAACGGCCCAGUCAGCUCUGAAAGGCAGGCUAAUGGUUCAGUUUUUCCAGCCAGUAAAUUACAAGGACAGAACGAGUCAUCCAAGGAUGUUUCAGAUGCUGAGUCAGAGCAGAGCAGGCUUCUCACACAGAAAUGUCAUGAAAUAAAUCUCAUUCAAGAAGAAGGCACUCAGAUAUCUGGUGGAAAAUGUCAAAAACGACUUCGGACUGAAAAGGUGAUUGUUGAAGUCUUGAAGAAAGUGAAUAAAGAAAAACAAGACAAUAAUGAGAAUCAACCCUCUCCCAAAGAACAUGUAAUCAAAGUGAAAAAUGGACCCAAAAAAUACAAAAACUAAUCUUUUUCAGCAAGCAAGGAAUGUAGGCCAUGUUAUAAUUUAUCAACCCUUUUAGGCUUAUAGUCAUUCAGUCAUCUUUCUGCUGUAAAAACACAGUAGAUUAAACUACUGUGGGGUUGGAUUGUGUAAUCAUGCUGCAAUGCUUUCUGGGAGAUCUGCCAUGUUGGUAGCUUCCCCUAUUUGCCCUGCCCAUUAGCAAUGUACUGGCAGCAGAAAGCUUUCUCUGUCUGUUGAUAUUAUUUUCUUUUCUUUAAAAUUCACAGUAAGGGUAAUACUUGUUUUGUGACAGGGUGUAGUGCCGCUUCAUAUGACUGUAAUGAUUAAAAAAACUUGUCAGUUACUGUCUUCCACUUCUGGAGUUGAAGAGCAGUAACUCAGGCGCUGAGAGCAACACUUAACUAAUUAAGUAACUAAAAUCAAAAUGCAUAAAUCAUUUAGUCAACUGAAACUAAAUAAAAACUAAGUUUUACAAAAAAAAAAAAACUAACAAAAAACUUGAUUCUAUGCUUACAAUCUAACAAAAGUUAAGUAAAAAAAGAGACUAAAAGUUUAAGUCGUUGACAGCAGCAUACUGACUGACAUGUACACUCAAGCCUGGAGAGAGCAAAAUGGCCUGAUCUGACUGAAUAAGAAUUCACACAAUGGUUAUUUCGUGUUGUAUACAAACGUAAAAAUUAAAUGAAUGAAAUUUAAAGUUAAGAGCCCUUUUGGAUUUUUCCCCCUACAGGUAUUAGGUAUUUGCUGAAAAAACUUCAACAAACACUAAAACUAAUAAAAACUAAACUAAAAGGAAGCAUUUGUUAAAAAAAAACACACGCACAAAACUAAACCAACAAUCCAGGAGUAAAAUCUAAUUAAAACUGUGGUUGUCAAGAAUAACCAUGAUUAACUAUUAUGUACAAUUAGUGUUCUUACAUUUUUAAUUAUGAUUAAUCUAAUGCUUUAUUUUCAUUUCAAACAAACAUUGGUUACGCCAUGUCAGCGUCUCCCUGCAGCCACAGUGAUGUGUCAUAAAUCCGCCAUUGCUCUUUUAUGUCCCAUUCCAGUUUAAAAACUCACAUACUCAGUGGAAAUGACAUAAGCCAUCUGUAUCUUGUGUAAUCAAACAUUUAACUUUUUUACUGUUCACCAUUUUCCUUUUCAGUCUAUAACAAGUUCUGUUUUUUUUGUUAGAUUUAUGUUAAAAUCUUAAAUAUACCUAUAAAAGCAGCUUUGUAUCCAAACUGAAAGUCAGUUGCCCUUAGUUUAAGACAGUAGAAACACAGAAACAGUUGUAAAUGCAAUAUAGUGGAACAUUAGAAUGUUAUGAAAAGGGUGCAAUAAAUUGUAAUUAACUACAGAAAUUCUGAGAUGAAUUGCAAUUCAAUUUUUUAAUCUUUUGACAGCCUUAAUAAAAACUAAACUGAAAAAGUAAAAAUUAAAUAAAAAUAAAAACUAAAGAAAAAUCCAAAACUAUUAUAACCUUGGCUGAGAGUACAUGAUCUGAGUAAAUAAAUUAGUAAAAACUGAUGAAAUUGCUGUCUUUGAUUU